AUGCUCCACACGCUGAAACCUGAUCUAUUCACCUCGCCUACGGGCGAAGCAAGUCAAGGAGUAUAUUGGUUUGAGCGUACGCGAGAAGUGCCGAGGGGUCAGAUGUUGGGAUUCGGCGGCGUUCAUUCAUGUACCACAUGCUAUAAUAUGGACGUUGUGAUGACUCUGCCAAUAGGCCCUGCGGCGGACAGAGAGAAGAAGGCUGGGAAAGCGGCGGCAGGUACGGCCACGAAAAAGGACGAAUUGAUCGUGGUUGAGAGUACCGAUGACGACCAUCUUCGAGCCAACGAUACCCCCAGCAAGCAUGGCAAGGGAAAGGACAAGGAACUCGGCAAGAAGAUGUUGAAAAAUUACCUUGAAGUUAAGGCGGAUAUGCGUAGGUUAAACUUGACGGACUGA